UUGUUCUGUGCUGACAUUAUUAGUCUAUGCGACUGUCAAGACAAGCGAGACUUUUUUUUCGAUAUAUUUCGGAAUGAGAUGAGAAAUAAACGUCGCGGAAAUUCACUUUAAUGUGAAAAUGGCAAAUACAGGAUUGUUGCCAUUUGUUCGUGGCGUUGAUUUUACGUGUAAUGAUUUCAGCGAUGACAAAUUUCCUGAUGCCAUUAGGUACAUGACGGGACUUCAAUGGCUAAGGCUGGAUAAAACAAACUUGACUGAUAUUCCUGAAGAAUUAGGAAAGUUAAUGAAAUUGGAAAAUUUAUCAUUGAAAAACAACGACCUUGAAAAAUUAUUUGGGGAGCUAACAGAGUUGAAAUGUUUACGGUCAUUGAAUGUAAGGCAUAAUAAAGUAAAAAGUUCAGGAAUCCCAGCUGAACUUUUCCGACUAGAAGAGCUCACUACUUUAGAUUUGUCCCACAAUAAAUUAAAAGAAGUUCCUGAAGGAUUAGAAAAAGCAAAAUCAUUACUAGUUUUAAACCUCAGUCACAAUAAAAUAGAAAGCAUACCACCUACAUUAUUUGUCCAGCUUACAGACCUUUUAUUUCUUGACUUAUCCAACAAUAUUUUGGAGACUCUACCCCCUCAGACAAGAAGAUUGGCGAAUCUGCAGACUCUCAUUCUCAAUGAUAACCCUCUAGGAUUGUUUCAACUAAGACAACUGCCAUCAUUACAAAGUUUAGAAACUUUACAUAUGCGUAACACACAACGGACUCUCGCUAACCUGCCAACAUGUCUCGACGCUUUAUCGAACCUGUCUGAUGUAGACCUAUCGAAGAAUGCACUGACCAAGGUGCCCGAAGCUCUAUACUCCCUACAGAGCCUUAAAAGACUGAAUCUCAGUGACAAUGAAAUUACUGAGGUGUCUUCAGCUAUGGAUAUCUGGCAGAAGUUAGAGAGUCUCAAUCUCUCCAGGAAUAAGCUGACUACGCUUCCUGCAUCGCUGUGCAAGUUGCAGAACUUGCGGCGCUUGCAUGUGGAUGACAAUCAACUGGACUUUGAGGGUAUACCCUCAGGUAUCGGAAAAUUGGGCAAUUUGGAAGUGUUUUCUGCAGCCAACAAUCUUCUAGAGAUAAUACCAGAAGGACUUUGCAGAUGUGGUUCACUAAAAAAACUGAAUCUGAGCUGUAACAAAUUAAUCACGCUUCCUGACACCAUACACCUGUUGAGUGAUUUGGAAAGUCUCCAACUGCAUGGGAAUCCGGAACUGGUGAUGCCACCGAAGCCAGUGGAACAGGCACGUGGGGCGGGCCUACAGUAUUACAACAUCGAUUUCUCGUUACAAGCCCAGUUGCAACUAGCAGGCGCCGCCACAAGUGAACCCGCGACGCCAAACAGCGUAAAAUCGGACCCUAUAGCGCGCAAGUUACGUCUGAGACGCGGCCGCGCCGAGCCCGAGCAACGGGACUCGGCGCUGAUCCUGCGAGGGAUGCAGGAACAGGCCAACACACAGCAAGUAAACGACCUGCGACACGAACAAAGAAACAGCGAACUCAAACCGAAACGUUGGGACGAGAGCUUGGAGAAGCCACCGUUGGACUAUUCCGAGUUCUUCGAUGAGGAUACCGGACAGACGCCAGGCUUGCAAGUGUGGGAGAUCGAGAACUUCAUACCAGCACCCGUUGAUGAGGUUGCUCACGGUAAAUUCUUUGAGGGUGACUGUUAUAUCAUACUGAAGACGGCGAUCGAAGAACAAGGCCAGUUAUCUUGGGACAUCCACUUCUGGAUAGGGUCCAAAGCUACUUUGGAUAAAGGUGCGUGCGCAGCUAUGCACGCUGUCAACUUGCGAAACUUGCUCGGCGCGAAACGUACUCAGCGUCACGAGCAAGGUGAUGAGACUCCGGAGUUUCUAGCUCUGUUCUCCACACCACCUGUCUACAUACAAGGCAGUCAUACACCGUCCGGCUUCUUUACAGUAGACGAGCCGCACUACGUCACUCGGUUGUACCGCGUCCAUGCUGCCGGGAACAGUAUCCACCUGGAACCAGUGCAGGUCACAUAUGAAUCUCUCGAUCCUCGCUAUGUUUUCGUACUGGAUGCCGGUCUCGUCAUCUACCUAUGGAAUGGUAAAAAAUCGAAGAACACACUGAAAUCGAAAGCGCGUUUGUUCGCUGAGAAAAUCAACAAAGAGGAGAGGAAAAACAAAGCGGAAUUAGUCGCUGAACCACCUGGUAAAGAGCCCGCUAGGUUCUGGAAGACCCUCGAGUACGAAGGGGACCUCCCAUAUGUACCGCAGGAACACGUGCCUGAUGAUUUCGUUUGGGCACCGCCUCGUCUGUACCGCGUGGAGUUGGGUAUGGGUUAUCUGGAAUUACCUCAGCCGGAGGCGGCUCCGUACUCGCGCGACGUGCUCGCCACUCGCAGCGUAUACAUAUUGGACGCGCACGUAGACGUGUUUGUAUGGUUCGGUAAGAAAUCAUCCCGUUUGGUUCGCGCGGCGGCCGUGAAACUCGCACAAGAACUAUUCAAUAUGGUGUCGCGGCCUACUCACGCUCUAGUCACAAGGUUGCAGGAAGGCACCGAAACGCAGGUUUUCAAGACUUACUUUUUGGGUUGGGACGAGGUGAUAGCGGUGGAUUUUACACGCACAGCUGAAUCUGUGGCGCGGACUGGCGCUGAUUUGGCUAGUUGGGCCAAACAACAAGAAACCAAAGCGGAUCUGUCGGCUUUAUUCACGCCACGGCAGCCGGCUAUGCCGGCAUCGGAAGCGAAGACUCUGGCUGACGAAUGGAACGAAGAUCUAGAAGCUAUGGAGGCGUUCGUACUCGAGGGGAGACACUUCGUCCGCCUUCCGGACAACGAGCUCGGCGUGUUCCAUAGCUGUGACUGUUACGUGUUCCUGUGCCGAUACGUGCUGCCCGCUGAGACACUGAGCGGAAUAUUAUUCUCACAAACUUUCACAUUUAUAACCUCCCUCCCCCAAGAACGUAUUCCGCAGCGGAUUUUACUAAGUAGGCCGGCCUCGUUUAAGCCUGUCCUUUCAGGACGGAUGCGAGGUCGAAGAGAUCUGCCCGAAGAGGAAAGCGAAAGUUCGAACGGCGUUGAAGCUGAUGACGGUGAAUCUGAAGCGGCCACUUGGGUGGUAUACUUCUGGCAAGGAAGGCGCGCCCCUAACAUGGGCUGGCUGACGUUCACCUUCGGGUUGGAGCGCAAGUUCAAGCAAUUGUGUAGGCGACUAGACGUGGUGCGGACUCAUCAGCAGCAGGAGAGCUUGAAGUUCAUGUCGCAUUUCCAUAGGAGGUUCAUCAUCAAGGACGGCAAGAGGAACCAGAAACCUGAAGGGGGUCGUCAGCCCGUGGAAUUGUUUGAGCUGCGCAGUAACGGAUCAGCGCUGUGCACGCGUCUCGUACAAGUUAAAGCUGACGCCACGCAACUCAACAGCGCCUUCUGCUAUAUACUGAACGUACCACUGGAGGGAUCGAAUGACACAUCAUCCGCCAUUGUUUACGCCUGGAUCGGCAGCAAGAGCGACGCGGACUCGGCACGACUCAUAGAACAGAUCGCCGAGGAGAAGUUUAACAAUCCAUGGGUUAGCCUACAGGUAUUGACUGAGGGCAGUGAGCCGGACAAUUUCUUCUGGGUGGCAUUAGGCGGACGCAAACCUUACGACACUGACGCUGACUAUCUUAACUACACGCGCCUCUUCCGCUGCUCCAACGAGAAGGGAUACUUUACUGUAUCAGAAAAGUGCACAGACUUCUGCCAGGACGAUUUAGCUGACGACGACAUAAUGAUUUUGGAUAACGGCGACCAAGUGUUCCUUUGGUUGGGCGCUAAAUGCUCAGAGGUCGAGAUCAAGCUGGCUUACAAGUCUGCUCAGGUGUACAUUCAACACAUGAAGUCGUUACAGCCAGAUAAGCCUCGUAAACUAUUUCUCACCUUAAAGAACAAGGAGUCGCGACGAUUCACCAAAUGCUUCCACGGCUGGGGGGACCACAAGAGACCUCCAGAAUAAAGUCAUAGAAAUUGUUUGUUUUGUUUGUUAAUUGUAAGGAAAUUUAAUAUAACCGUUUUAUUGUUUUUUAUGUCCCAUAAAUAUUUCAGUAUUAUGAUGAAUAAUAAAAUUUGCAAUAAGUUUUGAAUCAAGUGGACCUACAAGAAUUGUAUCUUUCGAGAAUAUAUA